AUGCUUGAAGUUAGUGGAACUAACAAUCGUUUAGUGAAAGCUUUGGCUGCGAAAACUCCACAACUUACGCCAGCAUCUUUUUCCCGUGCUCAGAUCUCCGAAGCAGGAGUUGGUACGCCUCAACGUAUCCCCACUUUACGACGGGGCUGUCUUUUGCGUGAUCGACAUAGAUGCGUCGUAACUCGAAAAUUCGAUAUCCAGGAAGCUGAGGAUCGAUUAGCAAAAGACGGAACCGAUUUCAAAGACGACGACCGAGGGUCGUUGUUGCCGGAGAGCGAUGCGAUGGCCUUUCUGGAGGUAGCACAUAUUAUCCCUCAUUCCCUCAUGUCACUCACCAGUAUUGACGGGGAGCCAAAACUGCCCGAGCACAAACAAAUGGCCCACAAGAUCUUGAAUAUGUUCAAUCCCACUGCUACUGCCCUCAUUAGUGGGACUGACAUUGAUCGACCCAUGAAUGCGCUCACUUUGACCCAGGAUCUUCACACGUUGUUUGGAAGAUUUGAGAUCUUGUUUGAAUGUGUUGGGCCUCACACCUACAAGAUCGACUACGUAAAAAGAGAUCGCUUACUUCGAAUUGUGAAGCUCCCAGUCACCCGAACGCUGUAUCUCACUCCAGAUCGCAAUAUAGACCCGCCAUCUGUUGAUCUUCUGAAUAUCCAACAUGCCAUAGCGAAAACUCUUCAUCUGAGUGCUGCGGGUAACUUCAUUGACAAAUUUCUUAGGGAUAUGGAGAUGGAAGGCGGGCAAGUGAUGUCAGAUGGGACUAGUCGCACCUACGAUUAUGUGCGUUUCAAACUCGCCGCUUGA